CACAUUUGAAAAGUGUCUGCUUGCAACAAUGCUGCAGCUUACUGCGUUCAGCUUUGCGCUCGCAUGCGUCAGGCUCGGUGACGCUCGCUUCCUCAGCGUGAGCGUGCCAACCCACUGGGGGGUCGAGGAGCAAAGGCCCGCAGUGGUGGAAACAGAACCUGAGAGAAAGCACUCCAGUCAGUCUGUUCGCCAGGCUGGUGCGCUCCGAACUGAGCAGACGACGGUGGAGCCGCUCUACUGGAAGUAUCCGGGAGAACCGGCGGAGCCGGCGGUGAGGCCCCCCGUCGGGUUCAAGCUGAAGAGGCCGGUGGCGGCUGACUCCGUCGCUGUGAGGUGUGGGGAAAGCAAAGUCUUCGUGGAAGUGAGUCAGGACCUGUUCGGCCUCGGCAAGCUGGUGACGCCGGGAGAAGUCACGCUUGGCGGUUGUCCAGCCGUUGAGAUUGAUGAUUUUGCCCAUGUGCUGAUUUUUGAAUCAGAGCUGCAUGGCUGUGGCAGCAAACUAGUGAUGAUCGAGACAACCAUCAUCUAUGCUUUUACACUGGUCUACAACCCCAGAGUGCUUGGCAGCAGCCCAAUCAUCAGGAGCCAGAGGGCUGUCAUUGGAGUGGAGUGCCACUACCCGAGAUGAGCUGAAAUCGGGAGCAAGCUACAACGGCCUGUCUAUUCUGGGAAAGCGAAGAGAUGCGUUUUAUGUUAAACAGAAAAGUGCAAUAAAAAUGUUUAAUGUCA